CAGAUCUAUAUCUUGUUCAGACAUUUAUGUUACUGUCCAUAUCAAAAGCCAUUUUAUAUUCAGAUAACGAAAAGGAGUAAUGUACAAUGCACUUACAAUAUGAAAUUCAGUAAACAAAAUCUUCAAUUCUGCAACAAAACCUGCAACCAACGACUGGUCCCUUUUCCCGCAAAAAAUCGAAAAACAUUACCCCAAAACGUUCAAAUUAACAAAUAUUUUGCCUUACUGGCGAUCAGCUGUGACAACAAGUAUGGUUAAAAGAAAGAAUCAAAAUGGAUCUCAAAAAGAAAAUAAAUCCUCAACGAUACCACCAUUCCACAACUUCACAGAUGAGGAGACGAAGGAAGUAAGGACCAGUCUUGUCUCUUGGUACAAUGAAAACAAGCGAGAUCUGCCAUGGAGGAGAUAUGCAUCACAUUUGGACAUCAACGAGAGAGCCUAUGCUGUCUGGGUGUCAGAGAUUAUGCUGCAGCAGACGCAGGUAGCAACUGUCAUAGAUUACUAUAACAAGUGGAUGAAGAAAUGGCCAACAGUGCAGGAUUUAGCUAAAGCUACCCUUGAGGAAGUAAAUGAGAUGUGGUCAGGACUUGGUUAUUAUUCCAGAGGUAGAAGACUGUUUGAAGGUGCAAAAAAGGUUGCUGAAGACUUAAAUGGUGAGAUGCCAAAAGAUGCAGAGAGUUUGCUGAAACAGUUGCCUGGUGUUGGUAAAUACACAGCCGGGGCCAUUGCUUCUAUAGCUUACAAUGAGGCAACUGGUCUCGUAGAUGGCAAUGUGAUUAGAGUGCUGUGUCGACUGCGCAUGAUAGGUGCUGAAAGUAAUGGUCAAGUGGUAACAGACACGUUGUGGUCUUUGGCAAACAAUCUAGUAGAUCCUGACAAACCUGGAGAUUUCAAUCAAGGCAUGAUGGAGUUAGGGGCCACUGUAUGUACCCCUAAAUCACCAGAAUGCUCCACUUGUCCUCUGAAAAAUAACUGCAAAGCAUUUGCACAGGUUGAGCAAGAGAAACGUAAAUCAUCAGAUAAGUUGGGGACACGGAAAAAAGACACAGAGAUAGUUGACAUAGAAUGUUUGACAGACAAGUGUCAACUGUGUUUACCUGAUACAGAGGUUUAUGAUUCAAGCCAAGGUGUGAUGAACUACCCCCGUAAAGGAAAGAAGAAGGCAGCGAGGGAGGAAUCCACAAUAGUUUGUGUUACUUGUAGGAAGUCAGACUCGGAGGAUGAGUUCCUUAUUACACAGAGACCAGAAAAGGGGUUACUAGCGGGUUUGUGGGAAUUUCCAAGCUACUGUUGUGAUGAUACAAGCUCAGAUAAACCUUCAUGUGACAGCAUUCUACAGCAUCAUGGGGUCACUGUGACCAGAGAAUCGAGAGAAAAAGACUGUGGAGAGGUUGUACAUAUAUUCUCCCAUAUACACCAGACAUACCUGAUUAAGAGUGUAACUGUAGACCAGUCUAGUAUCAAGCAACAGGACCAGCCAAAAUGUAAAUGGGUAACCAGACAACAGUUUAUGGAAGCUGCAGUCUCUACAGCCAUGAAAAAGGUUUUUAAGGCUUACGAGGCUGCUUGUAAUGAAGAUAGGAAGGCAAGUACAAAACCGAAGGGGAAAAUAGAUAAGAAUCAAAAGUCAAUACAAGCUUUCUUCAAACCAAAGGCUUCCUGACAGAAAAAUGUGGACAUCUUAUGUUUUAUAGCAAUUGAUCUUGCCUUUUAGAAGUGGAUCUUCGAAAUUAUCAGACAAGACCUGUUGCUCAUUACUGUUUUUUCAUAUUAUUGAGAAAAUACAAUGCAAUAAAUUAGAAAGUACAGUAGAA